AUAGGGGGUAACUCAUUCUCACCAGUUCCGGUAGUGUCUCUACUGGACAGUUACAUAAACCAAAUCACAUGUUUUGUCCGCAGUCUUCUCCUUACUUCCUUCAUUCCCUCUUUUCUAUCUAUCAUCACUCCAAACCCAUUCUUUCUACGGCGAUUCGAUUUCUAAGUCGGGGCAGCUCUAAAAUGCUGUCAGAUUUUCGUUCCAAUUCUCCCUCAGAUCAUCAUCAUCUUCAACCCUCGCCAAAACCCAAAUCCUCUUAUCACUUCUACAAUUCUUUCCAAUCCCAAAUCGCUGCUCAUCCACGAUUCUGGCUUCUUUCCGCCUUUCUCUUUAUCCAGCUUCUUGUCGUUUUCUUUACCCGGAAUUCGCCGCUCUCUUUCUCCACUCAUGCCCAGGUUCCCCCUCAAACGAUUACGCUUCCGGCCGCCGCGCGCCGCGGCGAUGCUGUGGCUCAGCCGCCCAAGGAUGGGGGAGGAGGGUGUGAGUUCGGUAGGGUUUAUGUGUACGAUUUGCCGCCGAUGUUUAACGAGGAUUUGGGUUUGAAGAACUGCACGGAUCUGCACCCUUGGAUAUGGCAUUGCGGGGUGAACACCAACGAGGGGUACGGGAUGAGGGCGAUGGAGAUGGCCGGGAUCUUGCCGGGGAAACUGGCUAAGGCGUGGUAUCGGACGAAUCAGUUCUCGUCGGAGGUGAUAUUUCACCACCGGCUACUGAAUUACCGGUGCCGGACGAUGGAGCCGGAAUCGGCGACGGUGUUUUAUAUUCCGUUCUACGCCGGACAGGCCGUCGGGAAAUAUUUAUGGAUCGACGAUAUCGAGAAGCGGGAUCGGCUCUGCGAUAUGAUGCUGGAGUGGGUCCAGAAUCAGACGUAUUGGAAGAAAUCCAACGGCUCAGAUCAUUUCCUUACCAUAGGGCGAAUCACAUGGGAUUUCCGCCGUUUAAUGGAUGCGGAUCAGAAAUGGGGCUCCAGCCUCCUCAACCUCCCGGCGAUGGAGAACGUCACGCGCUUCAUCAUCGAGAGAGCCCCGUGGGACACCUCCGACGUCGGCGUCCCGUACCCCACCGGAUUCCACCCCAGCUCCGUUUCGCAGCUCCGCCAGUGGCAGCGCUUCGUGCUCACACGCAACCGCACCAGCCUCUUCACCUUCAUCGGCGCCACACGCGCCGACAUCGCCGGCGACUUCCGCACCCUCCUCAUCCAAUACUGCCGCAACGAGUCCGACGCGUGCCGCGUCGUCGACUGCGCGGUGACUCAGUGCUCCAACGGCUCCUCCGCCAUCCAAGCGUCGUUCCUCAGCUCCGACUUCUGCCUGCAGCCCAAAGGCGACAGCAUGACCCGCCGGUCGGUCUUCGACUGCAUGAUCGCCGGUUCAGUCCCGGUCUUUUUCUGGCGCAAAACGGCCUACGCUCAGUACCAGUGGUUCUUGCCGGAGGACCCGGCGAGCUACUCGGUGUUCAUCGACCACGACGCCGUGAGGAACGGGACGUCCAUCCGGGGAAUCCUGGAACAGUAUAGCAAGGAAGAUAUCAGAAAAAUGAGGGAAAAAGUGGUGGAAAUUAUACCCAAAUUGAUCUAUUCACGGCCGAAAGAGGGGCUCCCGACGGUGAAAGAUGCGUUUGAUAUUGCGGUUGAAACUCUAAUGAAAAGAAUCAAAGAGGAAAAGGAUUGGAAUGAGUUCGUGAAUGACAUUGAAGAAAGAAGAUGACCCGACCCGUUACCGUUCUGCAAAUUUUCUUCAAUUCAAUGUGGAGAGUAAUGUAUAUACUGCUACUCCACUCCUUGUUGUUUGUGCUUCUUACUUCUGCAAUUUCCUUUUUUUCUUUUUUUAUAUAUAAACUAUACCCAUUACCCAUAACUAGAGUAUAAAUGAGAAGAAAUUAUUAUUUUUUCCAAUUCAAGUUUGCAGAGACAAUGGAACCAAGCCAUUAUUUGCAUUGAUUUUGCAAGCUUUGGGUUGAAUUGAUGAUUUGUGUUUCAGAAUUA